GUGAUGAUCCAGAUCCUGAAGGACAUGGGGGUGACUGAGUACGAGCCGAGGGUCAUCAACCAGAUGUUGGAGUUCACCUACAGAUACGUUACGACCAUCAUCGAGGACGCCAAGAUCUACGCCACACACGCCAAGAAAUCUAGCGUGGACACCGACGACAUCAAACUGGCCAUCCAGUGCCGCAUGGACCAGUCCUUCACCUCGCCGCCGCCUCGAGAC